CCCCGCUCCCUACCAGGGAGGCUGAGGCACCGGCCGCCGCUGCCCGGCCUCCCCGCGCACCCGCCCCGGGGCAGCGAGGCGCCGGGAGGAUGCGAGUGGGCGCUACGGGCGGCGGCGAGGCAAGGGACCGGGCGGCCGGCGGCGUUGGGAGUUCCCGGCUCACCCGCCGCCCCCCCGCCCCAAAAGAAGUGCAGUAGUUUGUGAAACGCAAGAUGGCGGCGCGGCCGUGAGCGAAGGCGGCAGGCGGGCAGGCAGGCGGGCGGCGCGGGCUGAGGGGGCGAGGCGGAGCGGCGCCGUCAGAUCAAGAUGUGCAGCACUGGAGAUCAACACGGACUUCAAUAAACCAUGUAAUGGAGGCAGUUCUGAAUCUCUGAAUGGGCUCAGAGUGUCUGCAAUAGCGAACAUUCUCUGGUGGUGGAUGUGGACUUUAAAACAGUGUGUCUCAACAUUUCAUCCUCAACUAUCUAUUUUUAAUCUGAUUGCACUACAAAAGAAAAGCUGCUAAUGGGAUAAAUGUUGAGACUUUACAAGAGCUAACUUGAAGUACCGAAAGCCAUUAUUAUUAAUCAAGAGGAGCUUGAAGCUAAGUCUAUAUCUGACCAGUCAGUAUAAUUUUCACAUAACAGGCAUGGCAAGUAAACGAAAAUCAACAACACCCUGCAUGGUCUUAGCCAACGAGCAGGAUCCGGAUCUAGAAAUGGUGUCAGACUUGGAGGAAGGACCACCUGUGCUCACUCCAGCAGAGAACCCGCCAGCAGAGAGCGUAACAAGCGAUGAGGAUGUUCAUGAGUAUGUGGAUUCCGACAAUCAGAAAAACACAAAUAAAGUAGAAGGUGGUUAUGAGUGUAAAUACUGUACUUUUCAAACUCCAGAUCUCAAUAUGUUUACUUUCCAUGUGGACUCAGAACAUCCCAACGUAGUGUUAAAUUCAUCCUACGUUUGCGUAGAAUGCAAUUUCCUUACUAAAAGAUACGAUGCUCUCUCAGAACAUAAUUUGAAGUACCACCCUGGAGAGGAAAACUUUAAAUUGACCAUGGUGAAACGUAACAAUCAGACAAUCUUUGAACAAACCGUAAACGAUCUCACUUUCGAUGGGAGUUUUGUUAGGGAAGAACGUGCUGAACAGGCCGACUCUUCUGAGCCCCCCUCGUCAGGGAUCUCAAUUAGCAAAACUCCUAUUAUGAAAAUGAUGAAAAACAAAACUGAAACUAAACGCAUUGCCGUUUUCCACAAUGUAGUCGAUGACAUUCCUGGUGAAGAAAAGGGAACUGAAAAUGAGCCAAACGCUGAAGAAGUAGUAGAAAACCCACCACCGCCGGUUCCAGAGUCGAAAGCAAGCCAUUCGGUUGCUUGCAGCGCAGCGGACGUGGCUGGUGCGGUAGUGACUCCGGCACCAGUGCUUCAGCCUGGGGUAGCACAAGUUAUAACAGCUGUCGCAGCUCCACAGAACUCAAACCUGAUUCCAAAAGUCCUAAUACCUGUAAAUAGCAUUCCAGCCUAUAAUACUGCCUUGGAUAACAAUCCUCUUUUGCUUAACACCUACAACAAAUUUCCAUACCCGACCAUGUCGGAAAUCACUGUGCUUUCCACUCAAGCUAAGUAUACAGAGGAGCAGAUUAAAAUCUGGUUUUCUGCACAGCGCCUGAAACAUGGUGUGAGCUGGACACCGGAGGAAGUGGAGGAAGCAAGGCGGAAACAAUUCAAUGGCACGGUGCAUACUGUGCCACAGACCAUUACUGUUAUUCCAGCACACAUUUCUGCUGCUAGCAAUGGUUUACCUUCAAUUUUACAGACAUGCCAAAUAGUUGGUCAGCCAGGACUUGUUCUUACUCAAGUUGCAGGUGCAAAUACGUUACCAGUAACAGCCCCAAUAGCUUUGACUGUAGCGGGAGUCCCAAACCAAACACAGUUACAGAAGAGUCAGAUUCACACUGCUCAGCCUGUUGCAGAAACCAAGCCAGUAGCUGCUGUUCCAGCCCCUCAGCCUAUCAAAAAUGAAUCCACGCUGAUGAAUCCCGAUUCCUUUGGCAUCCGAGCAAAAAAAACUAAAGAACAGCUGGCAGAAUUGAAAGUCAGCUACCUUAAAAAUCAGUUUCCUCAAGAUUCAGAAAUUGUUAGACUUAUGAAAAUAACAGGGCUGACUAAAGGAGAGAUCAAGAAGUGGUUCAGUGAUACACGCUACAAUCAGAGAAACUCAAAGAAUAAUCAUGGGAUUCAUCUCAACAGUGAUUCGUGUGCCACCAUUGUUAUAGAUUCAAGCGACGAAAUGAAUGAGUCCCCAACGGGAGUCACUCCGCAGAGCAAGUCACUGUGGAGCACUUUUCCUGAUUUCACCCCACAGAAAUUCAAAGAGAAGACUGCUGAACAGCUGCAAGUCCUCCAAGCAAGUUUUCUUAACAACCCUGUCCUUACCGAGGAAGAAAUGAAUAGGUUAAGAGCCCAAACAAAACUGACCAGGAGAGAGAUUGAUGCCUGGUUUACUGAAAGAAGGAAAUCAAAUGUCUUGAAGGAAGAGGGAGCUGACUUGAGUGAGACCAAUGCUGGAAGCUCAAAAGAAGAGGCUGGAGAAACGUCUGUGGGAGAUGGAGCAGCAGGAGCAAAAUCAGGGUGUUCCACUUCAAGCAAAGUAGGCAAAAAAUCACCCGAGCAGUUGCAUAUGCUUAAAAGUUCUUUUGUCCGUACUCAGUGGCCAUCUCCACAAGAAUACAACAAGCUGGCAGAAGAAACUGGGCUCCCAAGAUCAGAAAUUGUGAGCUGGUUUGGAGAUACUCGCUAUGCCUGGAAAAAUGGUGGAUUAAAAUGGUAUUACUAUUACCAGAGCGCUGGUGCAAACAGUUUGAAUGGCCAGAGCUUUGCAAGAAGGAGAGGGAGAGGAAGACCAAAAGGGAGGGGGAGAGGGAGGCCUCGGGGGAGGCCUCGGGGAAGCAAGAGGUUUAACUGCUGGGACAGAGGUAUGUCUGUCAUAAAAUUCAAAACUGGAACGGCAAUCCUGAAGGACUAUUAUAUGAAGCACAAAUUUCUUAAUGAGCAAGACCUUGAUGAACUGGUAGCCAAAUCUCACAUGGGAUAUGAGCAGGUCAGGGAGUGGUUUGCAGAAAGGCAAAGAAGAUUAGAACUUGGAAUAGAGCUGUUUGAUGAGAAUGAGGAGGAAGAUGAAAUCCUGGAAGAACAGGAAGAUGAGGAAGAAACGGAUGAUAGUGAUACUUGGGAACCCCCCCGACAUGUUAAGCGUAAACUUUCCAAAUCAGAUUGACAUGCAAUUUGGGAUUUGGGGGCCAAAAACCUAUGAAUUAGGUUUGAUGUUACAAUGAAGAGCCAAAUGAUUUUUUUUCAUGGCCUUCAGUUUAGCAAGCACCUGCUUAGCAUCUUCUUUCCACCUAAAAGAACGUGGGCAAGAUGCUACCUGUGCGGGCAACAAUUAUUCGCUUCCUUGCUGCAAGUGAUGGGCAUCCUCAGGCCCAGCCUAGGACAUGGGGGUUAUAAAUCAGAUCCAGUUCAGCUCCUCCUCUUCCACAUUACCAAUGGGAAGGUUCAUGUUCAUCAGUUCACAUGACUGCUUCUCAGUACUUAAUUGCCUUAUGUUGUUUAAUUCCAAAAAAAAAACCAGACGCAUUUUUUUUGUUGAUGUGGGAGAACAUUACCUGAUCAUGAAGGAGGAAAAUAGAAAAACCUAAGAUGUCUUUUUGCAAAUAUCACUUCACCUGAAAGGUUUCCAGGCCUGGGUUUAUUUCUUAAGGAAAGAGUUCAAAAGAGAAGGGGGAAAGUGUGACAAAGGAAUCAAUGAGCCUAGGGGUGAGGAUUGCUUGGUGUAAGAAAAGGAUGUGAUAUCGGCACCUUUUGCGUAUCUUUAGAGUGUUUUGGGUUUACAGAACUUGUGCUGAAACGUUCCUUGUUGAUAAUUAUGAGCUAACUGAAUGAGUCUAAUGCUAGAAGAUGCUUUUCUUUACAUUUAAGCAGCGUUUCCUACAUCAGUUUAAAUGCCUGACAGACUUGAUGCAGUCAAUAGUAAUAUUUGUUUUUAGCCUGUGCGUUCUUUCCUGGGUUGGAAAUGGUAAGAAAAGUUUGUAUAUUUCUAGCUAAAAUGACUGAGUUUUUUGAAAUCUUACACUGAAUUUUAAAGUAAAUGUGAGGUAGAAACUGCCUAGAAGUUGUUCAGAGUUGCUUAGGGUUUUGUAAGAAUACACAGAUAACAGAGAUGAAAAGCGUCUUCGGGUACUACUAAGAAAGAUUUCCACGUAAGUUGUGGCAAUGGCGUGAUGUUUAACUCUCAAAACAAUGAAGCUGUAUGGCUUUUAGAUGCUUAGAAAUCAUAAACAUGUUAGUGUUUAAUGGUUCUUCAGUGACAGCCCAGUAGAAUGAUUUGUCCAAAAGUUUAACCUUUAAUUCAUCCUACCUAAUUGAGCUCCCCACUAUUCUUAGAGCUGCUGGGUGAAUGCACUUAUUUUUAUAGGUCAUUUGAUCUACCUGGACUGAACUCCACAAGUUGUUUAAUCAGAUACAGAACAUCUACAUCAUGAAUCAGUGUCUUCAAAACAAAAAGGAAAAAAAAAAGCCAUUUAGUCUCAAAACAUUGAACUCAGCAUACUAGGUUUUAAUUAACAAUUUAAACUCAUGGAAGUUAGCUUAGGCAGAUGUCUGGCAGCCUAGAGAACUGGUACUCUGAGGAAGAGUACUUUAGAUUUUAGCUACUGUCAAUCUGCUUUUUUUAGGGAUAAGUUACUCUAGGUGUCAAAAGAUGAUGAUGAAUUGGUGCUGCUGUCGCCAGCAUUCUCUGCUUAUACGUUGGAACUAAUGGAAAGGAUACUAGCAAUCUCCAUUUGCACAUCUGUCAGCAUCUUCUCUGUAGGCUUCUGCUCUGGUGACUGGUGGGAAACAGAGUAGUGUAGAGAAAGUGUGUCCCAGUAUUUCUGUUUUACCAAGGACCUAAUUUGGAGUUAGUCUUUCUUCCUCACUGUGGUAGCUGUCAAAAGACCAAGAAAGUCCUUUUAGUCGUGAUUCUGUGAAGCACAGGAGAUGUCUAUGUUAGAUCUGUUUUUCAUACCUGAUUGUGCAUGAAACCCAGGUCAAAGCAAGAAAGGGAAUAACAUCUGGCAAAA